CAUGUAUUUCUCCUCUGUCGCACAGCUAACCUCGGCUUCCCUCGGCUUCUUUCGGUUUCCCGACACACCGACACGUAACAUUUCGUUGUGUGCGAGACGUGCUGGGCUCGAGAGAAGGGGUAGAAAUGUUUCGCGAUCUGGCUUCACUAGUAGGGGGGCGUUUAUCCAGUGUUCAUAUGAUCACAUAAUCUUUUGAGAUUUAGUAUUAUAUUUAUAUUAUUGGUCGUUGAAUAUUGUCAUAUGUAAUUUUGUAUAUUUUGAUUAUGGAGAGCAAAUUACUUAAUUCUCCAGCUGACAAGCCACCUCCUUAUUCUCCUGCAACUGCACCAACGGAAAACGUUUCAUGGCAACCACCUCCUGGAUAUUAUCCAAGUCAAUAUCAAGGUAGUAACAUACCAUCCUAUGGAGCUACACAAACAAUUCAACCUACUACGACAAUAGUUGUACCAGAAGUAAUUCUCGUUGGAGGUUGUCCAGCAUGUAGAGUAGGGGUUAUGGAAGACGAUUAUACAUGCUUGGGUCUGUUAUGCGCUAUUUUAUUCUUUCCGGUUGGAAUACUUUGUUGUCUUUUAUUGAAGACCCGUCGUUGUUCUCAUUGCGGCGCAUAUUUUGGUUAACACACUUUUAUUUUUUUCAUAAUUCUUUUAAAUGUUAUUGUUUCAAUAUUGUUUAAAAGAUAAAGUUUAUAAUAUUUGUAUGAAAAAUAUCUAAUGUAAGAUAAUAAGGAGGUCUAUCGUUGAAGAUAUAUUUGCGAUUUAUAAAGAUUCCUGCUGUUAAUAUUUUGAAGAAAAAGAAAACAAGUGGAAAUAACAACAGUUUUCUUUUUUUUUUUUUUUUAUUAAAAAUAAUAAUACAAAUAGAAAGUUAGAAAGAGAGAUAGAGAGAAAGAUGAUAACAUUGUAUAUGUGCUUGUGCAUUCCAAGAAACAAUUUUAUAUAAUACAAUGAGCUGUGCUAAUGUUAAAUAAUUUGAUACAUAAAAAAGAAGAAAAGAAAAGUCAUAUUUUUAGCUGUAUAAAAAAGAAAAGUGAUGAAAGUAUACAUUUAUACUAUAAAUUAGAAUGAUCAAACUUAUAUUGAAACUUGUUUCUUUUUAAUAGAUCAAUUAAAUCAUAUAACUUGGCAUUAAUGCCUUGAAUCUCCAAAAAUGUUUCUUUGCUGAGUGAUAGACAUAUUUGUUUAUUAUAUAUAUAUAUAUAUAUAUAUAUAGAAUUUAAUCUUAUUCAAGUAUUCAGUGCUCUUUUGAAGAAAAAAAAA